GUCUACCUCGACAAGCUCGGGGAUGUCAAGAUCUAUGAAGGCGGGAUGGACCUCAUCGUCCAAGGUGCCUUUAUGCUCAUGGAGAGCAACAAAAGGCAGCAACGGGAGAUUGCUCGCCUGAAGGAGUUCGAGCAAAAGGCUGCCUCGGCCGAUGAGGCGAUGACCUGCUUGGAUCGGCUUCGAGAGGAUGCCAAAGCUCUGCAGAAGAGAGCCGAUGAGGCUGCUGCAGCCAAGGACGAUGCCCUGGCCAAGCUUGCGGAGAGCCAGAGGGCACUUGAGGUUGAGCGGCGCAUGACUGAUGAGACCGUGAAGGCUAAGAUUGAGGCCGAGGCUGCUGCUGUGAAGGCCGCUGAUGAGGCCGUCCAAAAAUUCCUGACCGAGGGCUGGAAGGCCGACGAGCGGCUCCCCUGGUGCUAUGAAGUUGUGGCCGCCAAGCUCGAGGAUUGGGGAAUGAACUCCCCCGCCGGCCAGGAGUACUUUCAAAGGGAGAUGUCCGUGUACUACAACAUGGGCCAAC